ACAGAUACUAUGUUUUGGCUGACCAAAUUGGAUCAAAUUGUAAAAAACAACCCUUCAAUUUGCCCGAAAAAUUGUGGUCGAAAAUUUGGAGGACAAAAUCGAAAAGACUAUAUGUUAAAAAAGAAUGAUGUGUACGCUAAUGAAAAUCCUGUGUAUUGCCCGAAAAACUGUGGACGAUGUUACAAGGAUCAAAAUAUACUAUUACGCCAUGUAGAAGAUGCUGCAACAUACGAUCCGGCGCAUUGUCCAAUGAAUUGUGGGAGGUUUUACAAAGGUCAGCAUCGAAAAAUAAAUCUUCGUCGACACAUAUUUGAGUGUGGAGUACAACCAAGAUUCCCUUGUACCUUAUGUAUGAAACGGUUUUUCCGAAGGUACCAAUUUAAAAUUCACAUGGAAAAAGUGCACAAAGUAUGCCCUUCUAAUCUGCACAAUCACAAUGAAAAGUGAACAGUCUUAAUUAAAUGGUAGUAAAAAAAAAAAAACUAUUACUCGUCAAUUUUUAUGUAUUGUUUGUUUUAUAGACUAAUAAAAUAUGGAUAUUUCAGGAUAUUUAUUCACUUGAUCAAAUUUAAUUAAAGCCAUACAUUUUAUCUCAGUAUAAUCAUUUAAUACAAUAAGUGUCAAUAAUAUUCAUACUGUAUUAUGUACAUAUUUAUUAAUACACUGAUAAAAAAAAAAUACAGUCGAGUAAAAUUAAACCAAUAACUUCCAUUCUCUGGAAAAUCAAUAUAUUUAAACACAGUUUUUUUACAGUAAUAAGUAUGGAAAUAAAUUCCAAUUGAAUGUCAUAAGAUUCAAUUUUUUUUAAAAAAUAUUUUUUAUACAAUUAAGUUAUUUUAAUUUUUAAGAUAGUCAUUUUUUGAUCAUAUCUUUUAGAACAAAAAAAAUAUUGAAAUUAAAUCAUGUGAUUUGUAUCAUGCUAACAUAACUAUUAUUCUUUGAAAAACUAAUACAUAUUAAGUUUAAUUUGUUUUAACUUAGUUGAUUUUUUCACCAAAUUAGAAUUUCAUUUUUUUUUUGAUUCUCUUAAAAAAAUAAGAAAAAAAUGGCAGUCUUGAAAAUUUAAAAAACUUAAUUGUUUAAAAUUAUUUUUAAACAUUCAAUUGGAAUUGCCAUUCUUAUUACUGUAGAAAAACUGCAUUUUAAGACAUUGAUUUGCCAUGGAGAUACUAAGGGUUAACAUGAUACUUCUGGGAUAUUCUGUAAAAUAAUAUACCUAUAUAUUGUUUUUUAAUUUAAAUUUGCUAUAUUAUUAUACAUAAGAACCAUUUUUUUGUGGUAAAUAAAAAAAUAUUUAUAGUUUUUGACAAUACUAUUUUAGCACUUUUUAAUGUUCUUAUUUACUAUUUUAAAUUUGCUAUCAAAAUUGGGUAUGUAAUAUUUAUUAAAAAAUGAACUUUCAAAUAUCAAGUUCCUAAAAGUAAAACACGAUUGAUCUAUUAAUUUAAUCGUGGUUGAGUAUGCAAGAGAACUUUUAAUUGUUUUUAUCCAACUUAGCCAUAUAGCCAGCCUAUAGGUAGCAAAUUCAGAAUUCAUGUGAGGUAUGUAUAAAUAAAUCAUAAAUAUUAGUUUUUGUUAAACCUAAAUUCUUUAGUUCAAAUAUAAUAACUAUGAAUAUUCUUCAAACAAGAAACAUGAAUAUGAUUAGCAAAAUUGUUCUAAUAAUAGUAAUAAUACUAAUCUGAUAUUUUACUAAUACUGAAAUAUUGCGUUAUAGGUAUCAUUCAAAUUAAUGGUGGACGUGAUAAUAUUUUACUCGCAAAUUAAUUUAUGUUACCUAUUAAGUACGUCUUGUAUGUUAAAUAAAUAUGUACAAAUGUUUUCAUAAAAAUCGAUGUCUAUAUUCUGUUUAGCGAGAGACUAUCCCGCGCACUGACAAAAACUGGUUCCCCCACGCAAUACCCAGCCAUUGGGGAACCGGUUUUGAUAGCAUGGUGACGCGGAGGGAUGCGCAGAACGGCGUGCUCUCUCUCUGUACAGAGUAUAGAAGGACUACAAUCGUAAUUUUAAGAUUUUUUUCGUUAUUCUUUUUGCAGUAUAUUGUUUUCAUAUUAUAAUAUAUUAUAUUAGAAAUUAUAAGUUUUGCGAUAAAUGACAUGCCGCUUUCGUGGUAGAUAAUAGGUUUAUUUUAUAUACAUAUAUACAUAGCUUAAAUGAUAAUCAUUUCGCUUCCAAAAUGUUUUGUUCAAAAUAUUUAAUAAAGGCAAUACUGACAUUGGUUACACAUGGGUUAAUAUCCAUUUUGAUUAUGUUUACAGGUGUGUUGACAAAUGUUCAAAAGGUAUUGGAAUCCGACCCAGUUCUGUGUCCAAAUUAUUGUGGUCGUCUCUACAGGGGUCCACAGCGAAAAUGUAAUCUAAGAAAACAUUUGAAACUUGAGUGUGGAGUAGCACCCAUGUUUUCGUGCAGAAUAUGUUUAAGAAGAUUUACUAGAAACGAAAACUUAAAACGACAUUUAGUAAUUGUUCAUAGAACAAUAAUAAAUAUUAAGUGAGAACUUAUGUGACUGUAAAACUGUUGAAGUUCACGGGUUAGUUGAUUUAACUGACAAUAUUUUUUAGUAAUAUCCAUGCAAGUUUUCAUUGACGUUUCAGUAUCCAUUCUUGAAGUGGUAUCUAUCAACUGUAUCUGAAAUCUAGUUGCACCACAAUAUUUUAUACUGCAAAAGAUAAAGAUAUAAAGUGGUGAAUUUUUAUUGUUGUUAAUAAUAAUUUAAUUUAUUUUAAUUGGAAUAAUUUUUAAUAUUACAUGUGAUAUAAAUUUUA